UGAUUGCAGAUAUGAAAAUAAUUAUGUAAUAAACUAAUGUGUUAUUUUACAUAAUGUUUCAAAUAACGUUAUCUCGAAUAUGAUUACAGGUAUGAAUAUAACUAUGUAAUAAACUAAUGUGUUAUUUUACAUAAUAUUUCAAAUAACGUUAUCUCGAAUGUGAUCACGAAAUGACUUUUUAAAUAAUUUAAUUACAAAUGUAACCUUUGGGGUAAAGUACAUCAGUGCGUCCGAAGAACGCGCCUGAAAAUUGUCUGGCGUCGCGUGCGUUCCGAAAACCCGCUCGUUCUCCCGUUGGCCACCCGUUCACAGCUGUGUCGGCGUCGCGCGCAUCUCAUUCGACUCGUUCCGCGACAGCAGAAACCAAGAUGGCGCUCCUCUGUUUGCGGAUCGUUCUGCGGCGGAUAUAAAUACGUGAGAAAAACAGUGCGAGAAACGGGUUACACGGUGAUUCGAUUAAGUCGCGGCGAUCGAUGUACGCGCGUCGCAUAGUGACAGCCCGUUGGUAACGUGAUCGCGAUAAUUUCGUGGCUCGACAGCGCCGGGUAAACGAAGCCGCCUUCGGUAUUUCGAACGUCGGCGACGAAGGUGCUCUCGGUGCCCACCUGAGGAAUGCCAGAUUAUCCACGGCACGGCGGUUCGUGCGACAGAGGGAUACGGUAAUCGUUCCAAGGCAUCCCGUGGCGCACGGUCGAUCAUAAAGGUGUUUCGUAAGGUGCUCCUCCGCGAAGGUGAUCAGUCGUUUCUUCCGUGACGUAUGUGUGUCGCGGAGGGCUGCGAGACAGGUCGCGAGCGAGUGUCGUCGUCGUCGUCGUCUGGGUGCUCGUGUUUGGUGUGCCGCGAGUGGCGUUUUUCGCGGCUUCGAUGUGCUCUCGUCCUCCCCUGGAUAUCUGGACAGGCGAGAUCAGCUGCUGCUGGAACAACUAGUCCAGCGGCUCCGGGAGACGAUACUCUUCGACAGGAGCGGUGGGGCAAGGAGGCGCCGGAAGCAGCCGCGAGUCCGGAAGCAUAACGAAGAAGAUGGCCUUCAACGAGAAGGUGGACCCCGAGCUGAUAUUCACGAAACAAGAACGAAUUGGGAAGGGUAGUUUCGGCGAGGUGUUCAAGGGCGUCGACAAUAGGACCCAGCAAGUUGUUGCCAUCAAGAUCAUCGAUCUCGAAGAGGCGGAGGAUGAGAUCGAAGAUAUACAGCAGGAAAUCAUGGUGCUGUCCCAAUGCGACAGCCCAUACGUCACCAAGUAUUAUGGGUCCUAUCUCAAGGGAACGAAACUAUGGAUUAUUAUGGAGUACUUGGGUGGCGGCUCGGCCCUGGACUUGAUGAAGGCCGGUAGCUUCGAGGAAAUGCAUAUCGCGGUGAUAUUGCGCGAGGUGCUCAAAGGGUUGGAUUAUCUUCACAGCGAACGGAAGCUUCAUCGCGAUAUUAAAGCGGCGAACGUUCUGUUGAGCGAAAUGGGCGACGUUAAACUAGCCGACUUCGGCGUGGCUGGACAGUUGACCAACACGACCAGCAAACGGAACACUUUCGUCGGGACGCCGUUCUGGAUGGCACCGGAAGUGAUCAAACAGACCUCCUACGAUUUCAAGGCUGACAUUUGGUCGUUGGGCAUCACCGCGAUCGAAUUGGCCAAGGGAGAACCGCCGAACAGCGAACUGCAUCCCAUGAGGGUCCUGUUCCUCAUACCGAAGAACAAUCCUCCUCAGCUAACCGGAAAUUACACGAAGCAGUUCAAGGAGUUCGUCGAGGCCUGUCUGAACAAGGACCCCGAAAACAGGCCGACGGCGAAAGAACUGUUGAAGUUCCAAUUCAUCAGAAAGGCGAAGAAGAACUCGUACCUGAUCGAUCUCAUAGACCGGUAUAAAAAGUGGAAGUCGCAGCGCAGCGAGGAAUCCGAGACGGAGAGCGAAAAUUCGGAUUCGGAGGAGUCGAAGCAGGAUAGCGACAUGGACGAACCAUGGAUAAUGACCGUGAAGGGUCCCCACGGGGUAAAGGGUUCCGUCGUGCCCAUGCUACCGCUGGACGAUCAGCCGACCUCGUUGACGCUAACGCAUACGCCGAACCACAGAUCCUCCAAUCACAAUCAGCAAACGAAGCCACACGCCAACGGAGCCUCGAGGUCUCCGCCGAAGGAUUCUACAUUGAACCAUUACAGGAGCGAAUCGAGAGACUCGGUGCGCGAUGGCCAAGCUAAGCACACACCGUCCCGACCGCACGAGGCCGCACCGCCUCCACCGGUUGAUACGCGGGAGAAAAGGGAUGAUCGCGAUUACCGCGACUUCAAUCGAGACUCCUCGCUGAGGGAACUGAAGGAGAUCCGUGAUACCAGAGACGGCAGAGACAGGGAGGGCCGAGAAAGGGACAGAGAAGUCCGAGAAAGGGACUUUGGUUCGAAAGAGAAGAGGUGUAGCAAACCGGACGUACCUGUCGUACCUAUGGUGGACCAUAGGCUCGGUGAAGACAAACAAAGACCGAGGAGCUCACAGGAUCAGAAGCAUCCGCGAAGCGCAGCUCUUUCCGACGUCGUUUUACCUCUUCUUUCCGAGCUUCAACGGAAACAUCAAUAUUCGGUGAGAGACAAUAAUGGCGAGGGCGGAAGUGGUAUACGAAAGAACGGAGGCACGAUAGACGAACUACGCGGAGCAUUCGAGACAGCGGAACGUAAUUCGCCAGGAAUGACCGAGGCCCUCAUCAGGGAGCUCCUCAAGUCCUUGCUUCCUGCCAAUCACUCCGAGGGUCGUUUGUCUAUGCUGAUGGAGAAGGUCAUUCUGAGGGAUACGUAGGGACGCGAGAGGGCGAGGGUUCGCAAGAGAUUGUGGUCCGAGAACAUCCUGACGUUGUAACGACUCGUUAUUUCUCGUUUAUCAGAUUUAUUAUUCCGUACGAGCCGGUGCGUUGUCGCUGCAACGACCCGGACGUUUUCUUUCUCUUCCGGUCUGCGGAGACUAAAACACCAACAAACUUUCGUCAGAUUUACGUUUUAUUUGAAUCAUCCUGUCUCCUUUUCCGAUACGACGCGAAACGUUCGCGCGAUACCUUUAAUUACCACGGCGUCGCAGCGCCCGCGAUUAUAACGAACGAUUGAUUUCACCGUGAAAAAACGACGCCGCCGUCUUUUCGCGACGAGACAGGACGCGAGUUUACAAAUUUAUCUGCUAGAGCAAAAAAAAAGAUUAUACCAUCCAAUCGUCCUCGCGCGAGGGCGACAGUUACCGUUGAAACUUCUAAAGGAAAAAAAAAUAUUAGUAACCCCUUCCCGCCGAAUCGUUAAAAGUUAGUAUUUGGAAAAAUUACGGAAAACAAAAAAAGAUGAAACGCAAGACAAGUAGGAGAUAGUCGAGAAAUAUUUUUGCAAAUCAUGCAGCCAAUCGUUCAGAAUUCUUUGUACGUUCUUCGUGUUCGGUAUCGACGCAACCUCGAAGAGCGGUGGAAACAUAGUUAAUAGGCUCGGCCCGAUGUCUGAUGAAUAGGGGAAAGAGGAGGGAUGACAGAAUCUUGCCUCGUUGUAGAUACAUCCGGAACAUGCACUACCCCAAAGUCUUUACCCCAGAGAUAUCAUAGCCGUGUUCUGAAUGAAAGCUGCGCUCUUAACGCGCGAUAAUAGACGAAACAUAUUUAUUUAAACAAUUUCACCGAUGGGAUAAGAAAGACAGAGAUAAGGGAGUUUCAGUCAGCACAGCCGAGCAGGAGAAACAAUAAAGAGCUGUCCUUUGAACGAACGCGCCUUCCCGUUGCUUCCUGCGUUAGUGCACGUUUCGGAUUUUUGGGGAAAAGUCGAAGGAAGGAGAACGUCUCCGCGCUGGAGGCUUUGUAAAUAUGUAUGUAGCACGAUAAGAUAGUCUUAUUGUUCUGAUGAUCGACGUCUCUGCCAGUCGGUUGCGCAGCUCCGUAACACGAUCCCGUUUUCCUACGUUUAGUAGCACUAUUUUUUUCGUGUAACCAUACACAGAGCUAGGGUUAACAAUUGUCUUGGGCCUCUUUCGGAGAAGACACCGAUUCCUUGUACUUUUAGUUUUCCAUUCUACGAAGGAAAAGGCACGAAUGCUUUCUCCGUCUCUUGUUGCAGUACCUACGACGAUGUUUCUCAAACUAUGCCCUCGGAAGGUCUGCGGACAAGAUGGCGGCGGUGAACUGCUAGAAGAAAACAAGAAGUAUAAAUGAAUCAUUUGUCGGCACAAUUUUUGCCAAUCGUCAUUCUCAAUGAUGAUAUAAAAUGCCUACAUUUGAGUAUAAGAUGAGGCAUUUUAUUAUGGGGUAUGAACAGCAUAUUUUGCAUUGUUUAUAAAAAUUAUAGUUUAUUUUAUAUUUCAAGAUUGAAGGAAGUCACCAAUUUGCGAAGGAUGAAGUAUCGUGCAGGACAUAAUUAUUACUUUUUUAGCAUUUGCUUGUAAAAUUAAAACAAAAAAAUUAGGUUGGUUUACUUUAAACACAGCAUUAAAAAUAUUCUGAUAAUUGGAAAUCUUGGAAAUUCACAGCAGUUGAGUUUUUAUUUUGUACCAGUGACAGAUAUAUCACUCUUCAUCCUGCUGCUGGAUAAGCUAAGAAGAGUAAACAAAUUUUAAUCAAUGUUUUUCCAUUACAAUGGGAUAUUUUUACUUGCGAGUCGAGUAAUACAGAUUUUUUAUUUUUAUUUGAUAAACAUAUUAAUUCACCUCUGAAUGGUAUUAAAUAAAUCCUAUCAAGAAUUAUGCGAUCCCAAUAACCAUUUGUAAAAUCAUUUCUGUGUUUUAUUAAAUAAAAAUAAGUUUUAGAAUAUAUUUGAAUAUUUGAAUAAUAAAUACAAAUUUAAUUUCAAUCAAUCUUUAUCAAUGCGGAUUCCAAAAGGGUGGAGUUUGAGAAACACUGAUCUGCGGUAUUUUACAUGUCAUUUCAGUUGGCAUAAAAUCACUUAGCUGGUCAAGGCCACCAAAGUAGUAUCCCCGUCAUUUCCUUGACGACCCUGCUACUCUGUGUCCUUAUUUCAGAGUUUCAAAGACGCACGCUCGAGUGGCAAUAAACGCCACGAUUGGCGCGAUUCAUGGUAGAGGAAGUGGCCUCGAAUAAUAGUUUUUGACGAGUCGAUUUUACUUCGAGUACAAUGUUUUGAGCAGAGAUAGGCAAAAUUUGUAUCUAGAUGAAAUAUUUGAACAUCGAAUAAGGAAUAAAACAUUACCUGUAUAAUUAUCUACUUCAAUAAACGUGAAUCCUUGAGUAACAGAAUCUAUUCUGGAGAUUUCGUAAAUAUUAACGUAGGGAGUAAGAAAGAUCAAUUCCAAUUUGAGUACAAUGCGGUGCCAUCGUUUAGGAAAAUAUAGACAAUGUCUAAAAAUAUUUGCUUAGUCGUAGGUAUUUUGAAGGCUAACUAAAACAUUUGACCCAAUACGAUUGGGAAAAAUUCCUUCCAAUAUUAAUCUUUCUUUCUCACUACUAUACAUUUAGCAUACAAUCUUCAUUACAAAGGUGAUUUAAUCCUCUGUCGUACGCUUUCUAUCGAAUCUUUCAAAGAAGAAAUUAUUUCCUGAUUAUUUGUCCAUUUACGAAUUAAUUACUGUUCGAAGUAAACUAUACAUGAUCGAGCCUGUAGAAAUGUUAAACAUUUCCAUACGAAAGCAUCAUGUGUAAUUGCUGUAAAAUUCCCUCAAUGGACUUUCCAGGAUUAAUUUAUUCAAUUGGUUACAUCAUGCAACGGAGGGUUACAAUUAAACAAAUACGUACAUCUUUAUUGAGAAAUUUAAGAAAAUAAAUCUUUAUUUCAUAUGUGAAUAUACACAUAUAUACACAUAACAAAUGUGUAUAAGGAUAUAAUUUAAGUUUGUAAUUAAGGAUAUAAUUAAGGUUACAUUAUGUAACGGAGGGUUACAAUGAAACACACACAUACAUCUGUAUUGACAAAUUUAAGAAAAUAGAUCUUUGUUUCAUAUGUGAAUACAUAUAUACACAUAACAAAUGUGUAUAAGGAUAUAGUUGGCUACAUUAUGCAAAUGAGGAUUAAAUUGAAAUAAGUACAUACUCCUUUAAGAAUAUAUACAAGAAAACAAAAAUUUAUUUCACAUGUGAAUGUAUAUACUCAUAACGAACGUGUAGAAGACUAUAAUUGGAGGCACACUUCUUAUUAGGAUCAAAUUUUACCCACCUAUGGUCAUUAAACGAAUGCAUACUCUUUGCUGCGUACAUGAAAUACGACGGAAAGAGGUCUAUUCAAUUCUGACAUUGAAGUUGGUGUACCAUCACCAAGUGUUACGUCCGAAAGAGCCCUUAGACUCGACUAGUUCAAACCUGACCCUUCGGUUCGGAUGAAAAGCAACUAGCAGCGAUAUUUAUCGAGUAGUCGAGGCGAACGGCGGCGCAAACGAAACGGAGAUCUUUUUUUUUUCUCGAGCUAGAGUUCUUCCACUAGUUCGUCCGGGUAGAGUUCUUAGUCGAGCCGUUUCACGAUCGAGCCUGAGCUGUGAUAACUCCCGCGGGACGUCGGCACUUAAUUCACGUUGUUUGUAAACUAAUGUAUUUUAUAAAGUAUAUUAUAUAUAGAAAGAGAGAAAAAGAGAAAGGCAGAAAAAAAUUCCUCGUGAGGACGGAUGACAAAGUAACGAAUCAUGGGGCAGUCAUCGUGUGCGUGUAUGGGGUGGCCGCAAACGAAGAAAAAACACGUUCCGCGCCGCUCUGCCGUGAAUGAUUUCAACGACGCACAGUGUGGUAUUUGCAGUAAUAAAUUUGGCAGAAAUUAUUUUGUUUAAUCGUGUUAAUUAUUUUACACGGUUGUAAAGAGAUUUAGAUACUUUAAAAUUAGCAGUUUUCGUGGUUCGGGUAUAGAUAUUCUGGAUACUUUGUUUUCUUAGAUUAAGAAUCUUCUAUUCCUGGUUUAUUAUAUUUAAUUCCAUCUAUGCUUGUUGCAGUAUAUCAUAUAAUUGUCCUCGUAUAGUUAAUCUUGAUUAUGUAUGACUCUGGUAACAAACUAAUAAAAGUUUGCUUAUUUUUUGAAAUAAUACUUUUGUAAAGAUUUAUUUAUAAAUAUAAGAAAUUUAACUUUCAUUACUAGUCGGUAGCGGUAAUCCAAGAUUGACACUGGUAGUGUAAAAGAAAGUAAUUUUAUCAAAGAAUUAUUGUACAUACUUACUUGAAAAGUUUUUGUAAGAAAAAUCUUGAAACAACUUAGACGUUAAUAAAUUUGCAAAUUUGCAGAUGUUUAAACAAAAGGUACGAACUAUGAAAACUGUUAACGCUUCAUAAAUGUGAGUACAAAAAAGAUAAUGUCAGCCCAAUAUUUUUCAUGUAUACGACUAUUUCAGGUUGAAACAUUAUUCGAUUAGACAAAUUUUUCUAAAUAAUUUUGGUCAGGUUUUCGAGACAAAUACUCCACUGUGCGAUGGAAAAAAGUAAGAGAACGAUAGAGUGCUAGAGAGGGAGAGGGAGUGACUGAAAAGAGAAUGCGAGUAUGUGUAUAAUUCAGAGAUGGGCAGUCAUAGAUGACAAAUAGAAACACUGUACACCAAUUUAUCUCCGAUAUUUAUUUUCUUAACCAGAUACUCGGAUAAGCUCUUAUUUAUUCGACGUGAAAAGCAAUUUUACCUUCCAAUUCAAAUUCUAAUUUUUAUUCGACCCAGUAAUGGACAAAAAGUUACCGACACAUAAGAACGUUGCAUAUCGAGUCAUUUGCAACGUUUGUUUCAUCAAACAAUGAUCCAAAUGAUUUAUUGUAUUAUAAUGUUUGUACAAUUUCAUUCUACCACACAAAUUUUAAUUAUUUACCUAAAGAACUAACGAAUGGAAGCUGUGUAUCUUGAAUUUUCCACCUAAAUGAUAAUUUCGUCCAUCACUGGUAUGAAAGUGAGAAACGUUCGAAAGACAGAGUAAGUGUUUAACGUCGCGCGAGAGUGGAGCUAGCGUAAACAGAAAAUUGUAACGAGACGUAGUAUUAAUUGCCAGGAAAUCGUACGGACGAAGAAGAGAGGCGACAGAGAGAGACCUAACUAUCAUAAGCCCGCGACACAUGUUACGUAGAUGCGUUUAUUCCAGUCAGCGAGGCGGUCGAUGGGUGAGAGUCGUGGAACUCCUGCGAUUAUUAUUGUAAAACAUUGUCAGCUACGAUUGCGACAGAAACGAGAUAAUUGUUGGAUACGUGAACACCGCCGAUCUCCGCUCUACCACACCUCCCAUUUUGUUCGCUCUCUUUUCCGACUCGUUCUCCCCCCCCCCUGCGAUCCUUUUCUUUUCCAUUUUAUUUUUUCUGGACGGAGAAGAAUGAAAGAGACGACGACACAGAGUGUACCUAGGAGGAUUUUACUACUUUUUUCCUUCUUCUUUAUUUUUCUUUUUUUUUUUUUUUUUAGUUGAAUUAUCUUAGUUAAUCAAUCACUACAUUCUACUACUGUUAAUAUUAUGAAUUUAUCGUCUUAUCGUUGUUUCACCGUUGGGUUAGGUUUUCUUUUCGAUGACUUUUACGACGGUCGCUACCCCAGUCAUCCUCGUAAAGCUGCCAUAAAACGCUUACCGGCUACGCUCUAAUAAAGACACUCAAAAAACUCGAAUGGUUUCAACGAAUAUAUCUCCCCGUAUCUCUUCUUCCGAUCCUUGCAACGAACGUAACCCCGAAUCCCAAGGACGAAAGACGUGGUCCAGUCACUUUAGAUUUAAUUAGGAUGAUACUUUUAUCGAGCUGAUUUUUCGCUUAUAUUUUCAUUCAGUCUUUUAAUUAGUUUUUUUCAUGGAUAUCUCGGAAACUAUUGAACUCGUCAUCGAAAAUAAAGAUUAGAACAUUUAAAAAAAAGAAGAGGUAUCGAAGAAGUAUCGAGGUAGAAUAGUUCUAUCGAGCACUCGACUUGUUUUCAUGUGUAAUAAUUAAUUUAUACGUAGCGUGACGUAUAAAUUUUGUACACGACUUUGAAUUCUGAUCUUCGUUGUACGCGGGCAUAAAUUUGGAAGAAUCAUCUGUUGACCCUUUGGCCUACAAUGACGAGUGAGACUCGUGGUAAGGGAUUUGGGCCAUAAAUAAUAAGCACGAGUCUGAUUCGUGGUACUUCGUUCGUACUUCCUACCUUCCUGUUUCCUAUGGUCCGAGCAAUCGGAAAAUAAGGUGUAGGUCAAGGGGUUGAUAGUAGAGAUCACCGUUUCGAACGGGUAUUAAAAUACACGGGUACGCGGAACACGUAUAUCCGUCAAUCAUACAUCGAAUUAUACGGGUACAGCAUUCAAUUAGUUGUGUAUACAAACUUUUAUGUAAAAAAGCUUUUAUUCUAAAAUAAUGAUCCCUAUUAAUUUGGAAAAUAUUGAUAAGCAAUAAAACAAAUAAAUAAAAAAAUAUAAACAUAAGAAGAAUAAAUAUAACAGAUUAAAUUUUUUAGUGUAACUUGUAAAACUUUAUUUAUUAGUUAAAAUAACUGUUCAAGUCAAUGUGCGUACCCGUGUAUUUCGAUGCACGGAUUAAAAUACGGAUUCAUUAAUUACCCGUGUACCCGGGUAUUUCGCUACACGUGAAGUAGGAAUCUCUACUUUUUACUAUCGUUCGAAAGUUUUCACUUUCCUCGUGAUUCGAUAGCAAUACAUUAGUCAAUACGUUCUAGUUGUGCGGGCACAUUGAUACAGCGUUUCCCAAAUCGUAUCCCCACGAAGUUAUAGUGUUCCGUGGAAAAUCGUACUCGAUAAUCGCGAAGAUAAAAUAAAUCAAUUUUGACAUUGUAAGCGUCCACGAAGAACUAACAAUGCGAUAUAAUUUAUUUUUGUAGAAUUCGUGAAUCGAUUCCUUUUGUUCCUAACUCAUAAUAGGUUAUUGAAAAUAAAAUUAGUAAUUUCUUUAGUUGUAAAAAUAAUUCGUUUCUGUAUUAGUAAGCGGUUUUAUUUGAAUACUUAAUGAUACAAAGAUAAAUUGUCUUCGUAACUCGAGAAAAAUACUGGUUUAACUUGUAAUUUAUUUUUUCCUUUGAAAAAUUACAAUUUCGUUAUGUAUCAUUUAUCUUAUAUAAGAAAUAGGUUUAAAUUUCGUCUGAUGUAGUGAAUAUAUAUUCUAAAAUCCAGAUAAAUAGUCACAAAAUACUAAACACUCGUCAGAAAGCGGAUUCGCGCGUGAAACGUUAAAUCGAACCUAUAGUGUUUUACUUCUUCGUGUAGUCAUACGUAACGUUCCAGGGAACUUUUACAAUCUUUUCCUAACGCUGAGCUUUUCUUCUCUUGUAAAUCUUCCGACGGGUCAUCGCGAGGUAGCUGUGAUUUACGAACGUUUUCGUUCGAGGAUCGUUGAUUUCAGUUACACGCACGGUGAUAGAGUGAGAUAACCGAGAAACGAUGAUCAUUGCGGCCGUUUCUCUCAGCGAUUUCAAAAAUGAAAAAAAAAAACGCUGAAGAAUAAUACGAAAUAAACCGCACCGCGCUCAAUCCGAAUUACGUGCCCCACCGUAACCAGCACUCUUCUUUGUAUGAUAUUCUUAGAAUAUUAUCCAUAAUAUAUUCAGCGUUAUAACAUCGUGGUAACAAUAAUAACUAUCGACGUAGAAUAUAAAUAUAUGUAUAAAUAUAUUGUAUAUCAAUAUAUAUCUAUAUAUUUUUUGUAUUUUACUUCAACCUUGGCUGCAUUGGACUGUAUUAUAUCGAUUGUAUGUGGCAUGCCGAGGGCGUGUACAAAUACGAAAUAAAGAUUAAAUAUAUCAUG